GUGGCGCUGUGGCGCGCUGAGCGCUGUGAGCAGCCGGAUGUUGACAGGCCUGCUGCUGGGCUCGAGCCGCUGCCGCUGCUAAUAUCACGUUUCCAGAAGUCUCCGCGUCUUGCUAGAACUUUCUGCCGCUACAGAAACACCGCAGACACCCGCAGCACACCCAUGGCAGCCCAACGCUUCACCGACAGCUUCAUCGACGAGGACCCUCACAGAGCCGUGCAGGAACUUAAUGACGCCUUGCAAGAAGACCCUGACAAUGCUGAGUGGUUUUGCCAGCGUGCCUACGCCCACAUUCUUCUCAAAAACUACAGCUGUAAGUCUGCAGACUACGCGUACUGA